GCAUUAUAAACACGUAGACUCGAACAUAACUGUAGAUAAUUAAAUGCUGUGUUUCUUUAACAUGUGUAACAUAAAGACGAGAUUUAGUCAUUGAAGUGUAGAUGCAUAACACAUAACAUGUUUUAGCUACGUGCUGUUUAAAAUAAAAAAGAUAUUUGCAGUAAGUGGAUGCACCUAUACUGCCAGAACUUUAUUAUAAAUUCACGCUAUUAGUGGAGCUCAAAUUACUUUUAAUGCAUUGUCUUUGAUGCAGUGAGAUCCAGCAGAUGGAAAUUACGUUAAUAAACCAGAUGAUUUGUAGAAGGAAUAACAAUUUUUAUUUUACAGAAAUGAAAAAAAAAAAAAAACAUUAAUAAAAUAUGAAAUAAUGAGAAUAAAUGUAAUAAUACAGAAAAUAACUGUUUGAUUAUAAAAUGUUAAGUAGAUAUCUCUUAAGGAUAUAUCCAAGGACUAAGUCCUGGAAUAAACCUAAUAAUACAAAGUCUUGUCUUUGUCUAAUAAACUAAGAAAGUAAAUGGAAAAAAGUUAAAGUACAGAGAGUCAAGAUGAGACCUCAAAUUUGGAGAUCAGAUGCGGAGAGCUGCCGGGUUGAGAUGUUAGUCUAAUGAAUCAAAGAUUUGUUAAAGCCUUUAUACCCUCUUGAGACUAUGCCAAAAAUACUUUUUUUUUUGGCACAGCGAGUUCUGCGGGUUGAAGUGUAACUCAAAGUGUCAGGCCAUAUCGGGUGUCUCAGCGGCAUCCAUGUGUACAAACUGAUGUCUGUACAUUGCACGAAACAAUAAAAACCACAAAACCAAGCUCUCUCUGCACCCAGCUCUGAAACCUCAUCAGGUCAAAAGGGCAACGAGUUCAUAUACUAAGAGUACAAAAUGUACAAGUGAUAAUGUCAUAUAAAGAGUAGACAUAAACUGAUUACAUAAAUGUGAGUAUAUGAAUAUAUAUAUUGCAUAGCUUCUGAUUAUAGUUGAGUACAUAAAUGUGGAUAUGAAUAUGCUUGUAUAAUAUCAAUAUCAAUAAGCAAAAGUAUCAAAAAUAUAGGAAGGACUCUAGCCACUUGCAUCAGUCAUGAAAUCAGUAAGGUAGAUGCAGUUAUUGAAAGUAAUUACAGUAAAGUACUGCCAACCACUUAUUGUAAAAGUACAGUUAUUGUCAUCAGUUUCUCUGGUAAUCAGCCAUUUGUUUAUACAGUAUGCCUUUUAUUGUAUUUAGUAAAUUGCAACAUAAUAUGUAUUUGUGCAGUUGUCUUCAGCAAUCCUUUAUUUUCAAAUACAGUCCAUAAUUGUGUUGUAGUUGUUUAAAAGCAAUUUUACAGUCUCUCACUGUGGACAAAGCCAUUAAAUUACUGUGAUGAAUAAGUUUAGUACUCCAGAAUUCGUUUUUAUAGUGUAACAAUGUAUAACUUACAUGUAUCAUUUAAUCAUAUUUAAUAAUUCCAAGCUUUCUCUCUACAACUGCUCUCUCUCUCUCUCUCUCUCUCACUCUCUCUCAUUAGGAGUGAUAUCAUGAAUGCUACUGAAUGAGAAUAUGGCUACCUCAUCCAGUCCAGUAUUAGUCCACUCCACCAUCACAGCUCAGAAUAAGAGUUCUGUUCAUGCUCCUGUGGUCACAGCAAACACAUUUAAUGGUCCAGUUUACUUCACCUCUGACUCAAAGCAUGGAGGAACAGCUCAUGCUCCUACACCACCUGAAGAUGUUCCUGUAAAAGACACAGCUAAACAUCACGAUUACACAAAGAUCUCCAGCACACUGAAGAACAUCUUACAACGGGACUAUGAACGGAUAUUGGAUGGUAAUUCACUGACCGGUCAUCGGAAAUUUCUGAAUGACAUUUAUACAGAUCUCUACGUGGUGGAGAAUGAGACUGGGGGAGUGGUGAACGAGCACGAGGUGAGACAUAUCGAAUCAAAUCUCAACCGACCUGCUGUUGAGGAUACGCCAAUCACAUGCAACGACAUUUUUAAAGUCCAGUGUGAUACGGGUCGAAGGAACAGAAAAGUGCUGACAAUGGGGAUCGCAGGUGUGGGCAAAACUGUCUCGGUCAGUAAAUUCAUCCUUGACUGGGCUGAAGGAAUGGAAAAUCAGGAUAUAGUCUUUAUUUUUCCACUCCCAUUCCGUGAGCUGAAUUUGAUUAAAAAAGACUGCAGUCUUAUGGAACUGCUUCACAAAAACUUCUUUAGUUCAACUAAACUGCAGUCUCUUCCGGAAGAUGAAGGUACGGUCAUGUUUAUUUUUGAUGGGCUGGAUGAAUGUCGCUUCCCUUUGAGCUUUGAUGAGAGUGAGAGGUUUGCAGAUAUUCAUGAAAAAACAACAGUAAGUAAGAUAGUUACAAACCUGAUCAGCAGAAGUCUGCUUCCCUCUGCCCUUAUCUGGAUCACUUCUAGACCGGCAGCAGCUAGUCAAAUACCCCGAGACUACAUCGAUCAGGUGACAGAGGUACGAGGAUUCAAUAAUGAACAAAAAGAGCAAUACUUCAAGAAUAACAGCAAACCUGUGUCAGAAAAAAUAAUCUCUCACAUCAGGAAAUCCAGGAGCCUCUACAUCAUGUGCCACAUUCCUGUAUUCUGCUGGAUCUCUGUCACUGUGCUUCAGCCUCUGCUGGCUCAAGAGAACCAUGACAAAACACCCACAACUCUCACAGGGAUGUACACAAACUUUCUACGUCGUCAGAUGCUCCAGAUGAAGAAGAAAUACUUGGAAGGGUCUCCAAAAAAUUUUGAUUUUCAGCACAUCAUUUUGAGGCUUGGCUCAUUGGCCUUCAGUCAGCUUGAAAAGUGUAAUCUGAUUUUCUACAAAGAAGAUCUUGAGGAAUGUGGACUGGAUGUCAGUGAAGGGUCAGUAUACUCUGGGUUAUGCACUCAGAUCUUUAAGGAGGAAAAGGGCUCGUCAGAGCGAAUGGUCUACAGCUUUGUGCACCUCAGUGUCCAGGAAUUCCUUGCUGCUCUCUAUUUGUUUUGUCUACACAAAUUUUAUAAGAGGAAUCCAUUCUCUCAAACUCUGAAAGAAAAAUGCAAAUGGUUUUUCAAAAACUCAUCAUUUCACCUUCAUAAGGCUGCAGUUAAAAAUGCCUUACAGAGCAAAAACGGACACCUGGACCUGUUCCUCAGGUUCCUACUGGGUCUCUCACUGGAGUCCAAUCAGGAUGAGCUGAAGGAACUUCUGCCAACACUAAAGAUUGAAGAAGAAAGCACAAGAGACACUGCGGAAUAUAUCAAAAAGAAAAUACGUGUGGCAGAAUCAGCAGAGAGGACCAUGAAUCUGUUCUACUGUUUGAGUGAACUGAAAGAUGACUCUCUGAUGGAGGAAAUCCAGAAGUAUCUGAACUCAGGAAGUCUUUCAUCACAGACUCUCUCGUCUGUUCAGUGGUCAGCUCUGGUGUUUGUGCUGCUGAUGUCAGAAGAGACUCAAGAGACUUUUGAGCUGCAGAAGUACAGAAGAUCAGAUGAAGCACUACUGAGACUACUGCCAGUGAUAAAAAACACAAGAAGAUCUCUGCUAAACAACUGUAAUCUCACUAAGGACAGCUGUUCAAGGCUAGCUUCUGUUCUCAGCUCAAACUCCCUCCUGAGAGAGCUGGACCUGAGUAACAAUGACCUGCAGGACUCAGGAGUGAAGCUGCUCACUCAUGGACUGAAGAGCUCUAAACUUGUGACUUUGAGGCUUUCUGGCUGUAUGGUAACAGAGGAAGGGUGUUCUUACCUGGCUUCAGCUCUAAGUUCAAACCCUUCACACCUGAAAGAGCUGGAUCUGAGCUACAAUCAUCCAGGAGACUCAGGAGAGAGACAUUUGAGAAACUUAAACCUUGAGACCAUUAAUUUGGACCACGGCGGCGAUAUCAGGAUAAAACCAGGACUACGGAAAUAUGCCUGUAAUCUCACAUUAGAUCCAGACACAGCACACACAGAUCUUCAAGUGUCUGAGGAUAACAGGAAGGUAACAUGGUUAAAGGAGAAGCAUCAGAGUCCUGAUCACCCAGAGAGGUUUGACCAGUGGUCCCAGGUUCUGUGUAGAGAAAGUCUGACUGGACGCAGUUACUGGGAGGCUGAAUGGAGCGAGAUCGGAGCUCAUGUAGGAGUUUCAUACAAAGGCAUCAGCAGGAAGGGCAGAACAGAUGAGUGCUGGUUCGGACAAAAUGCUAAAUCCUGGAGUCUUGACUGCACUAAAGACAAGUACAUCGCCCGGCACAAUAAGAACAAAGUUGUUAUACCAGCCACAGGGCCCUGUUCUUAUGUAAUAGGAGUGUAUCUGGACUGGUCGGCUGGCACUCUGUCCUUCUACAGCGUCUCUGACACACACACACUCACACAUUUACACACAUUCAACAGCACAUUCAGUGAACCCCUCUAUGCUGGAUUUUUAGUCAUAGAUUCAACAGUGUCUUUGCGCAGUAUUGAGUGGCCAUCAGUUUCCCAAAAACUGAUGACACAGGUCAUUGUCCUGUUGGAAGUAUAUCUCUGUUUUGCUGCGUUCAGCUUUCCUUCAACCCUGACCAGAACCCCAGUCCCUGCCAAUGAAAAACACCCCCACAGCAUGAUGCUACCACCACCAUGCUUCAUCGUUGGGAUGAAAGUUUACACCCUGUACAUUAAACGUUAUCUUUAUAGCCUACAUCAAGACGAAGUCAGAAGUCACCUCACUUUGCUCGCAUCUGUGUCUCUCGACGCCAAACACUCAGCCAGGCGAAGGUUUUGCUGCUGUCACAUUUCACGGCCUAGUGUAAUUAUGGAGAGAGAGGGCAGGGACACUGCCUCCAACAUCAGUCUUUAUGAGGGGAAAGAAAAGGGGGCUUCUGCUCAGUACCAGAUCAAGAAAGCAGUAUCUCCAGAACUCAGCUGUGUGUCAGUGAAGAGUAACCAUUCCAUGUGUGAACCCCUUAAAUUUUCUGAUCGAAUGGUGACCUUCAACCCCAAUGUGAAGAGGGAUGAUUUGAUCAAUUUUCAGGCCAGAUAUGGAGUUUGUGAUCAGGUUCAGAGAGAUCUAGUCUCUGUCACUUGUGUACACAGUUUCUGCAGACAGUGUAUAAGCUGCUACUGGGACCAGAGCAGUCCAGCAGAACAUGGAGAAUGCAGUUCUGCUCACUUCUACACAAAAUCAGCCCUGCUGGAGGAAACUGGAGACCAGCAUCAGGAUUCUCACCAACCAGUAGAUAAUGUCCUGCAGAGAGUUAAAGACCAACACAAAACCAGUAUGAAGAACCAGUCUGAGAGCUUAUUUGAGGGAAUCAAACUACAAGAGAAUCAAACCCUCCUGAACAGGAUUUACACACAGAUUUACAUCAUAGAGGGAGAGAGUGAAGUGGUGAAUGAAGAACAUGAGGUUUUACACAUGGAGAAAUCAGCCAGAACUCAACACUUACAAGACACUCCAAUCUACUGCAAUGACAUCUUUAAACCCUUACCUGAACCAGGAUGUGAGGAGAAGAGAAAAGACAAAAUAAAGACUGUUCUUACUAAAGGCAUCGCUGGAAUUGGAAAAACAGUCUCUGUGCAGAAGUUUAUUCUGGACUGGGCUGAGGAAAAAGCCAAUCAGGAUGUAGAUUUCAUGUUUGUGCUUCCAUUUCGAGAGCUGAACUUGAUUAAAGAUGAGCAGUACAGUCUUCACAAACUUCUGCUGGACUUUUAUCCUGAACUUCAGGAUCUGGACUCAAAGAUGUAUGAUGAGUGUAAAGUUGUGUUCAUCUUUGAUGGUCUGGAUGAAAGCAGAAUUCCAUUGAUGUUUUCAGACAGUGAGAAAGUUUCUGAUGUGACUAAGACUUCAUCAGUGGGUGUGUUGAUGUCAAACCUCAUCAAAGGAGAUCUGCUUCCCUCUGCUCUCAUCUGGAUUACCUCCAGACCAGCAGCAGCCAAUCAGAUUCCCUCCAGAUACAUCAAGCGUGUGACAGAAAUUCAGGGAUUCACUGACCCUCAGAAGGAGGAAUAUUUCAGGAAGAGAAUCAGUGAUGAGCAUCAAGCCAGCAGAAUCAUCUCACACAUUAGAAAAGCAAGAAGCCUCCACAUCAUGUGCCACAUACCAGUCUUCUGUUGGAUCUCAUCCACUGUGCUUCAAAACAUCCUGAAACAAGAUGACAGUGCAGAAAUCCCUCAAACUCUGACUGAAAUGUACAUCCACUUCCUACUCAUUCAGAUCAAUAUGAGGAAUCAGAAGUAUGAAGAGAGAGAUCCAGAUAAACUCCUGCAGUCCAACAGAGAAGUGAUUGUGAAACUUGCUGAACUGGCUUUCAAACAGCUGAUGAAGGGCAAUGUCAUGUUCUAUGAGGAGGACCUGAGAGACGGCAUAGAUGUCACUGAUGCCUCAGUGCAUUUUGGGAUCUGCACUGAGAUCUUUAAAGAGGAAUCUAUGAUUCAUCAGAGGAAAGUUAUCUGCUUCAUACAUCUCAGCUUUCAGGAGUUUCUGGCUGCGUUUUUUGUGUUUCAUAGUUGUAUCACCAAGAAUAUUAAAGCACUUAAAGGUUUCCUUGAUGAGACUUAUGUUGAUGAUGAUGACUUGUUUGAACUGUUAAUAACGGCAGUAGAUAAAGCUGUAGAGAGUGAAAAUGGAUGCCUGGAUGUUUUCCUUCGAUUCCUGCUGGGAAUCUCACUGGAGUCCAAUCAGAGACUCUUACAGGAUCUGCUGACACACACAGAGAACAGCUCAGAGAACAUCAAGAAAAUCUCACAGUACAUUAAAGACAAAAUCAAGAGUGACAAACAUCUCUCGAACGAAAGAUCCAUCAAUCUGUUCCUCUGUCUGCUGGAGAUGUACGAUCAGACUCUGUACAGAGAGAUUCAGAAGUUUGUGAAAUCAGACAAACACUCAGAUAAUAAACUCUCUCCUGCUCAAUGUUCAGCAAUCGCCUACAUGCUUCAGAUGUCAGAGGAGGUGCUGGAUGAGCUGGACCUGAAGAAAUACAACACAUCAGAGGAGGGUAGAAGAAGACUAAUACCAGCUGUGAGGAAUUGCAGAAAUGCUCUGCUCACUGGCUGUUGUCUCACUGGUCAGCACUGUGAAAUUGUGGCUUCAUCUCUACAAUCAUCAGAGUCCCUCCUGAGAGAGCUGGACCUUAGUAACAAUGACCUGCAGGAUUCAGGAGUGAAGCUGCUCUCUGAUGCACUGAAGAGUACAAACUGUAAACUAGAGAUACUGAGACUGGCUGGUCAGUGUUGUGAAAGUUUGGCUUCAGUUCUACAAUCAUCAGACUCUCUCCUGAGAGAGCUGGAUCUGAGUAACAAUAACCUGCAGGAUUCAGGAUUGAAGCUGCUCUCUGAUGGACUGAAGAGUACAAACUGUAAACUAGAGAUACUGAGAUUGCCCAUCUGUAAUCUCACUGGUCAGUGUUGUGAAAGUUUGUCUUCAUCUCUACAAUCAUCAAAAUCUCUCCUGAGAUAUCUGGAUCUGAGUAACAAUGACCUGCAGGAUUCAGGAGUGAAGCUGCUCUCUGAUGCACUGAAGAGUACAAACUGUAAACUAGAGAUACUGAGAUUAUCUGGCUGUAUGGUGACAGAGGUCGGAUGUUGUUAUCUGGCUUCAGCACUAAGUUCAAACCCCUCACACCUGAAAGAGCUGGAUCUGAGCUACAAUCACCCAGGAGAUUCAGGAGUCAAACUGCUCUCUGAGAGACUCAACGAUCCAAACUACACACUUGACAAACUCAACUUGGACAACAGAGAGCCCUGUAGGAUGAAACCGGGUCUACAAAAAUAUUUCUGUAAUCUCACUCUGGAUCCAGACACAACAAACACUCAUCUCAUUCUGUCUGAGGGGAACAGAAAAGUAACAUGGAAGAAAGAGAAGCAGUUAUAUCUUGAUCAUCCAGAGAGAUUUGAUCACAUUCCUCAAGUUCUAUGUAGAGAGAGUCUGACUGGACGCUGUUACUGGGUAGUUGAAUAUAGUGGCUGGGCUCGUGUAGCCAUGGCAUAUAAAGGAGUCAGUAGGAAAAAAGGGAGUAACAGUAUGUUUGGGCUCGAUGAAAAUUCAUGGAGUCUUUUCUGCACUGGUAAUGGAUUCAAUAUAUGGCACAAUAAUAAGAACAAAAACAUAUCUGUCCCUACACCACAAUCUAACAGAGUAGGAGUGUAUCUGGACUGGUUAGCCGGCACUCUGUCCUUCUACAGUGUCUCUGACACACACACACUCACACACUUACACACAUUCAACACCACAUUCACUGAACCCCUCUAUGCUGGAUUUAGAGUUUCUAAUGAUUCUUCUGUGUCUCUGUGUCAGAUUUAACAGCCUCCUGUGAGAAACAACGAAUAUGUCACACAAACACCUAAACAUUUUCUUACAUUCUUUGUACAAUGUAUAAAAAAAAUGUCUCUUUGGCUUCAUUUAAGGGGAAAUAUUCUCAUGUAUACUAAUACCAUAAUACAUGCACUGCAUGUAUUUAGAUUGAAAGGUGUGUGAUAUUGCAAUGAUUUCAGUUUGUGAAUUCAGAGAAACUCUCAAUCAUUCUGCUCUUAAACAGAUAUUCAGAUGUCAGAGGAGUAUUGAGUGUAGUACCGAAAAGCUGUGGUGCCACAAUGCUUAAAGAAAUAUGUUGUUUGUAUCCAUGAGUGUCUUGUGGAAUGCUGAGUCACUGAGAUCCACCUUCUGUUCUGUCUGAAUUGUUUGGGUGUGAAACAAAAGCAACUGCACAACGUAAGAUUUUUUGGUUAAAAAUGAACAAAUUGUUGCCAUUAUUGAUUGAGUACAUAAACAGUGUUCAAAACAAUCUCCUUACCGUACCCCGAUACACUACUGUAAGCCUAUAAAAAAGCCAGGUCAGAUUUGGCGUGAAAUCGCUGGUUUAUGACGUACAUCCUUGCAUCAUUAUGUCAUGUCCAUAAAAACAGAAAGAAGUACCAGCUGUCUCAUGUUCCAGCUGGAGAAACUACGUUCACUUCAGUCACUUAUACUCAUGCAGUUCACAGCAUCACUGCAGUCUGGAUGGAUGUUUAUCUGUUAUCUGUUUGGCAAAGUUCUAUAUUUGCUAUAAUGCUUGGAUAUGUUUUCUCGUAGGGUUGUUGAAGCUUAUAUUGGUUGUCAUGCUUGUAUGAAUCGAACAUUACUCGUGUGUUAACCAGUUGCAAUGUAUCUAUGUUGUCCGGGGAAGUUACUGUGACGUUUACUAAUAUUAUCGACUUCUGAAAUUGACUUCUUUUAAUUGUUAUAUUGCAUAUUUAAGCAUAUUACAGUAAUUUCAUGUUUAAUAAAGUAUAUUUUAUC